AACACCUCCCCUCCUGCCAAUGGAGUAAUCAAGAUUACAAUAAUCCAUAGUAGCUGCAAUGCAAUUAUAAUGACAUCUGACUAAUAUAUAUCCCGUUAAACCUUGGAAAUUAAAACAGCGAACCAAACCGCUUUCCGUUCCCAAUUGGAGUAGUAUAUAUAUAUUUUACACAAGCACAACCCUGGACGCGGCCAGCCAGCCGUCGACCCACGUCAGAUCGUCCGAUCGUCAGCCGGCGGGGGAGUCGCACCGCACGCGGCGGACAAGGGGAAGGAAACGCAACCAACGCGAGCGAGAGCGGUGCGGCAGCGGAAUCCAAUUGCAGAGAGCGCCGCCACCGCCACCGCCACCGCCACCGCCACCGCCGGUCGUCAUGGAAUACAACCCAGCGUCCUUCGUUGCCCCCGAGCUUCCCGAGAUGGGGCCCCGCUACCCCGACUGGGUCCUCCUCGCGACGCGAGCCUACAUCUCCGACCGCCAGAACGCGACCGUCGCCCACGGCCAGACCAGCGACGGCGCCCCCAUCCAGGUCUCCCUCUUCGCCGCCGACCCGCCGGCCGUCUCCCACCUCCGCGUGCACUGCCCCGGCAGGGAGAACCAGUUCAGCUACAAUCCCGCGGUCCUCUUCUCCCGGGACGAUCUCAUCCUCUUCGAUGUCUCCUUUGGCGACGAGGGCAGCGAAUUCUUCAUCUACAAGGCCCACUCCAAGAACCCCUCGCUCCACCAGAUCCCGGAACCCGAGGCCCACACCUCAAGCUUCUGCAACACCGGUCUCGUGCGCUGCAGCGCUGACCACUUCGCGGUGGCUGUCCUUUCGCCGGAAUUGAAGACCAUGUAUAAGCUCUCCGUCUUCUCCUCCAGGACUGGGGUAUGGACAACGAGGUUGGUGCCGCUGCAGCCGUCAGAAUCGACACCCAAGCCGGAAGAGCUGCGCUUCACACCUACCAAGGUGAUCCCGCUAAAAGUCCGCUACAUCCCUCUGCCUGAGCCGAUGCCGGGCAAUGUAGGGUGUCUACAUAAGGGCGAGACAUCAUUUUUCAGGGACGUCUGUGGCUGUGAAGAUCUGAUCAAGUGUAUUGAGAUGGAUUAUCGUGAUGAUGGCGCUGCACCCACCAAUGCCGAUGGCUACACCCCCGACGAAUGGACGGCUGUCAUAAGGAUCAGGAUGCUUGAUUGGAGCGACUGGGAAAGGGCCCACGUGGUCGACAUUGCGGAUAUAACAGUUGCUGAACCUUUCCAUGGGUGUUCGGAUCUGUUACCAGAGCUCUGUGAGAACGGGAAACCAUCCUUGAAGAAAAUGCCAAUCGGCAUCCCAACCUUGUGUGAGUAUAACAGUGUUUUUUACUUGAUGUCGAAGCUGAGGUACGAGGACAGCAAGGGUUGGGUGGUCGCUGUUGAUGCAGAAUCAAAGAGGCUGGAAGCAGUAGCCAAGUUUUCUGCUGCGGAUUCCCAUGCUUUUGUGACGUCCUACUAUCCUAGUUCAUUCUCAAAGCACCUGAACGACACAACAGGUAUUCAUACUGAUACUUAUUUAUUACUGCUUCCAACUUGGAUGAUAAUGAUGAUUCACAUGCUUUCACCUUUCUAGAGUUUAGAUAUCAUGUAAGUAUUCUUAUUGCGUUAAGUUUGAUGAAUUCAUGUGCAGUAUGUGUUCAAUUCUUGAGUACUUGAAUGGCAGCUAGAGGCUGGCUUCAUACGCAGUUGAUUUGUUGCGCAAUGGAUAACUUGUAGACGGCUGUCAUCUUUGUUUGACAUUUAUAGCAAAAUAUCUUCAGAUGGAAAUUGUUUGUCAAUUACUUCAAAUCCAGUCACAAUUGCUCAUUUCAGCCUGUACUGAUUGAUUCUUGCCUUUUGGAUGCACUUUACUGUUCUAAUAUGAUGAAUUGUAAUGUGUUGUUAGUUUCGUUCCUAUGUUAAAUCUGGGUGGCAGUUUUUGUGUCAUGAACCUGUUGUGGAAUCUAAUAGCAAGUACCAGUUCGUAGAUAUUUCAGUGGAAAGUAGGAUUGUUGUUGCCAAACUGGUAGGACCAAAUUGAAGUAUAUCGUGUCGCAUGCACUCAAUAUGAAGCAUUGUCCUGCCAUAGAUUACGUUUCAAUUAUGGCCAUAUGCAUCACAAGAGUUUGAUAUAUUGUUGAAAUUUGGUGUAUUGAGUUUGGUCAGCUCAUAUAAAGCGUUAUAUUGUUGUCCGGGUGUACUAGUUUACUUUUUGCAAUUGUACCACGAUGUCUUACAAAUAAGAAGAAAACUUAAGUUUGUUAUGUUU